AUGGAUUUCACCAUCCAGCAUAUGCAUUGUCAAAAUAGUGCGAAGAUCGUGAAUCGAACCCACAACUCCACGAGACAUCACCCCUCGUCGACCACCCACAACCAGCCCGGCAUGCCCCAACACCACACGAAGUUAACGACGCGGCAACGCCACGUCACCAGCUCUGGCAAGAAAAUGAGCGCCUGCAACAUCGAUGCGACAACGAGGACAGUGACGACAUCGUGUGCCAACCCAGCGACGUGGCAACCAAAUGACGAACAACAACCAAUUCGUCGUCUGGACCGACACGACACAACGACGGUGCGACGACAACACGGGACAACGACGACUCAACAACAAUACGGAACUACGAGGCGACUACGACAGAUGUGCCACGUCAUCCAGAUGGCACACAUGCCGUCACCACCGUCCACAGUAGACAGUCAGAACCCACCUAGCGGCCAUCGUAACCACUGCCACCUCACCGCCUCGCCCUCUCCCACACUGAGCAAUGUGACCCGAUACGACGAUGAUGACAGCACACGACAACGGCCAAAUGACAACGAUGGAGACGGAUGGCCGACGACAAUGUGGCUGGCGGCGAUGACGGACGACGACAACUACGGUCACAACACGACGACGAAGACCACGACGACGAAGACCUUGACGACGGACAACGCAAAGACCAUGACGACGCGUGAGGGCUCCCUUUCGGUUAGGAUACCCUCGUGUCCCCUCAUUCAUGUCUAA